AUGCGCGUGGCGCGCGCGCGCGCUCGGGCGACGAACGCCGUCGCGGACGCGCGACGAGAUCACGCGCGAGCGCGAGCGCGUGCGCCGAGAACGCGCGCGCGCGCGGUCGAUCAAAGCCUGAACCCGCGCGUCGAAGCGCUUCGACCGAGCAAAACGGUCGCGCUCACCGAUCUCGCGCGACAGUUGCGAGCGGACGGGAAGGACGUGAUCGGGCUCGCGGCGGGCGAACCGGAUUUCGCGACCCCGCGGGCGGCGUCGGAGGCUGGGAAACGGGCGAUCGAUGCCGGGAAGACCAAGUACAGCGCGAACGCGGGCGACGCCGAGUUGCGCAAGGCGGUGCGGGAGAAAUUACGGCGGGAGAACGGAUUGACGUACGAUUGGGCGAGCGAAAUCGUGCUCUCGAACGGGGCGAAACAGAGCGUGGCGCAGUGCGUGUUGGCGACGUGUGGACCGGGGGAUGAGGUCAUCGUACCGACGCCGUAUUGGGUGAGUUAUCCGGAGAUGGUGACCCUGAGCGGGGCGGAGUGCGUCGUCGCGGAGACGACGGCGGAUGAAGGGUUUUUGUUGACGCCGGAGAAGUUAAGGGCGUGCAUCACGGAGAAGAGCCGAUUGUUGAUCUUAUGUUCGCCGAGUAAUCCGAGCGGGGCGGUGUACCCGAGGGAGACGCUGGAGGCGUUGGCGAAAAUCGUCGUCGAGCACCCGAGAUUGUUGGUGCUGAGCGAUGAGAUUUACGAGCACAUCGUGUACGCGCCGGCGUCGCAUCACUCCAUCGCGGCGUGUGAUGAUAUGUGGGAGCGCACGCUCGUGGUGAACGGGUUCUCCAAGUCGUUCGCCAUGACGGGAUGGCGUCUCGGGUACGUCGCCGCCCCCAAGCACUUCGCGCGGGCGAUGAGCAUGUUGCAGUCGCAAAUCACGAGCGGUCCGAACUCUAUCUCCCAGGAAGCCGCGCUCGCGGCGCUACAACAGCUCGGUCCGCGAGGUGGCGAUGCCGUGGCCGAGAUGGUUCGCGCGUUCGAGCGUCGCAGAGAUUUCGUGAGCGCACGCCUGUGCGCCAUCGACGGCGUCAAGCUCCCGCGCGUCGACGGCGCCUUCUACGUCUUCCCCGACGUCAGCGCCCUCGUCGGCGACGGUGCGAGCGCAGAGGGGUUCGGCCCAAUCGCGGAUGUCGACGAACUCUGCAGAUAUCUCCUCGAAAAGGGUCUCGUGGCCGUCGUCCCGGGGAGCGCGUUCGGCGUCCCGAACUGCCUGCGCGUCUCGUACGCCGCCGCCGACUCCGUUCUCGACGAAGCGCUCUCCCGCAUCGAGCGCUGCCUCGACCCGAGCGUGUACACGCGACCUUCCAAGUAA